CUCGCCCCCAGUCGCGCUGUUGCUCUUCCCCUCCAACCACAUAACCUGCACUGCCUCACACUCACCCGCUUCACGCUCACUAUAUACCCUCAUGGAUACUCCGGCCACGCUUAUUUAUAAACCUGUCGAAUAUGGUUUUAUAUGACUGCGAAUAGCUGAGCCUAAAGUGUACACAACUACAGUAUAUGCAUUCCUUAUCUUGGAUGAUUUACCGAAUAAAAUACAGAAAGUGAGUUAUGUUUAUAUUUGCUAAUGAAAAAAUAAAUUACGAAAAGGGGAAAAAAUUCACAUCAAAUAUUUGAAAUAUAAACGACAUUUUUGUGAAACUGUGUGAGGUGAACAUUUAUGGAUGUACUGCAUCAUAAACCACAUCAGAUAAGAGUGAAAGUGCAAGUAACAAAGCUUAGUAGCUAUACUUCUAAAAAAUAUUGUGCCAAAUAUCGAUUAAUAGUGAAACUACAGUGACUCCAACCAUGUUACCAAGUGAUAAUCUCUGCCACACUUCAUAGUUGACCGAGCUGUGUUGAGGAGAGUGAUUAUUUCAAGUGCUAGUAAAGUAAGUGGUAGCGCCCAUGAACUAAGGUGCGGCCAUGUCGAGCUCGGCGGGGCGGAGCGGACCCAGGAACAGUAAAUGGAAGAAUGUUGUCAGCAGGUUGCGACGAGGUUUAAACGUCAAGGCUCAGGAUGAUCACAAAAGCAAAAUCAACAGAAUAGACAUGCCAAAUGGAGACAACGAACCACCGCCGACGAUAGAAGAAAUACGAGCGUGGAGCGACUCCUUCGAUAGAUUAAUGAAAUGUUCUAGUGGACGGAAGGCCUUCAGGGACUUCCUCAAGUGCGAGUACUCAGAAGAGAACAUCCUCUUCUGGCAGGCGUGUGAGGACCUGAAGGUGGAGAACAACCCGGCAGCCAUUGAGGAGAAGGCCAGGCUUAUAUACGAGGACUAUAUCUCCAUACUGUCCCCGAAGGAGGUGUCGUUGGACUCUCGGGUGCGGGAGAUCAUCAACAGGAACAUGGUAGACCCGACGCCGCACACCUUCGACGAGGCGCAGACGCAGAUCUACACCCUCAUGCACCGGGACUCUUACCCUCGCUUCAUUAACUCCGCUAUCUACAAGCGGCUCGCACAACUCAAUAAUAACGGAAGCAGCAGCAGUAGCAGAAAAGAGAGUUCGACAUAGGCGUGCGCGCGUGUGUUCCUAACUGUCUCCUCUACCCCGCCCUCCUGCUUAACCUCCAGGCCUCACAGUCUGUGUGUGUGCUCUCACUCAGCGACCUUACAGUGCACCCUUUUCCUUUUUUUCUGAGAUGGGGACCAGGAAUUCAUAAAAAAAUAAUCGGAGUGCGUUUAAUGAAAAACGGGAAUGGGGUAAUGCGGUGGUCACAAUCAAAGGAUGAGAUGUAAGUAUAUAAGUUUGUAAUUAAGUUUGAGCAUUUGUAAGUAGGUGAAUACCUAAGCUCCAGUGUUCAUCACUCUAACGCACAGACACCGCAAACGUGUGAUAAGUUGAGCAGCUCAACAGUGUGAGCCAGACCAAUGCUUGGUAGAUUAGAUGUUGUUGUUUUUCAUCAUUUUGUACCUCCUAGGUUGUGCUACCAUUUGUUGUUCAAGAGGCAUGAAUUAGGCGCAGAUUUGCAUAAAACAUGAAGCACAAAAUGCAACUCAAUAAUCGGUAAUUAAUCACGACAAAAACACAAAUAUUUGCUAACGUGAAGAAACCACGCAUGAGAGAAGCACUAUUCAGUUUCUCCCCUAAGAUGCUUACAUACAGUAGAGACGGUAAUUUAUCUUGUCAGAAAAGACAGUACAAAUAAGUUUUAAGCUGAGAACGAUCGUGUCCAAAAAUAAACUGCCACCCACAUUAUUUGCCUACAAUUAGAAACGAGUCAGAGCCUUAGCAGGUUACAGGGAACUGGCCCAACACCCCGGGCCGGCCGCUAUAGCUGACCCAGCACCCGGGGCCGGCCUCUAUAGCGGGGCCAACACCCCGGGCCGGCCACUAUAGCUGGCCCAACACCCUGGGCUGGCCGCUAGCUGGUCCAACAUCACGGGCCGGCCGCUAUUGCUGGCCCAACACCCCGGGCUGGCCACUAGCCGGCCCAACACCGUGGGCCAGCCGCUACACUUGGUAGUAGCAGAAAUUAUUCCCCUUGGCAGGUACAUUAAAAAGUUAUACAAAUGGAUUUGACUAUAUUUUCUUCUUGUUUAGAUUUUAACAGACUUGACGAGAACUUUAUAAAUGAAGGUAUUACUAUAAAUAAUAUUGAAGUUAUAGAUGUCUUUAGAUUUUAUUGAUAGUAUAAUAAGAAAUAUGUGAGUGGUUGGUGCCGUUAGCACACUGGUGACGAAAUGUACCUUAAUAAGCUCUUUAGCUAUGUAAGAUACUCAGUAAGGUUCACUCCCCCGGUACUGUACGGGCAAGUGGUACAUAAUGAAGAUGUGCUCAAGGCUUAUUAUGGCAGAUACCGUCACAUUCCAAGUAUUAUUUAAUAUGAAAGAGAAAAAAUGUCUAUAAUUAAUAGGUUUCCAAGUGAAGGUAAUUUUGUACCUUGGAUCUUAUAGCAAGUUUUACACAAGUGAACUGUACUGUAUGUGAGCUGAAUGCAUAUCCCGGUCUUGUAUAUGCAAUUAUAUAAACGUAUAUAUGUAUGAAGUUACUACCAAGUAAGAUACUGUAUAUCGCCCCCUCAUAGGCUAAGAAAAAUGCACUUACCAUUUGUUGUUUUUUUCGAAGUAGUGGGGAAUGGAACUUUGUUUUAGCUUUUAUUUCAUGAACAAACAAACAAACAUUUUUAACUAAAAAGUCCCGACGCCUCUGGAUGACGAAAAAAUAAUUAACCCUCUUUACAAUAGACUUAAUAUAAGAGCCGUAGUGUGUUUAGACGUCCUGAAGACCCUGGAGGUCCCACGAGGCCACCCUACUGCCUCCUACUUGACCUGAGCUGACCUGACCUCCCUGUGUGAUCCCCACGCAACACAUGCACAUCACAGGAAGGCAGUAGAAACAAACCAUCAGGAACUUGUUUGGCCGUGAUGUCAUAAUACAUUAAGCCAAACUCAACCUAACCUAACCUAACCUAGGUAACAGUGUAUCAGCUCUAUUAAGUUAUAUUAGGUUUGUUAUGUUUAUGUUCUCUUGUCUGGAAAGUAUUAGUGCACAUCAUCCUAGGAUCCGGGUCAAUAAACAAUCUUGGAAUUUCAUAGAAAACUAACGUCAUAUAACCAGAUCUGCUCCUGACAGUUUGUGCCUAUUUCCUUACUACAUUAUACUGUGUUGAGGUCUUGGAGGUGUCAGCAGGGGUGAGAGUCAGCCCGCGAGUAGAGGGGGUCGAAGGUGGUGACCAGGGCACCAGGAGCUUCAGGGUCGCCGCCAGGCUGCAGGCCAGUACUGUUAUGACUAUUCUUCAUCUCCUAGGUAUUUGUAUGUAGACAAAAAAGGAAGUAUAUGAAUAUGUCAAAUUUAAGGAGAUGUCAAUGGGACAUCAUGUUAUACAUCCAGGCUCAAUAUUUUUCCUGAAGGAUGCUGGACGAAUUACAUAAACCAAAUACUCUUUUUAAGUCAACUUUUGUGACAAGUCAUUACCUCACUUUUUACACGUAUUAUCUAUACAAAUGUUUAAUAUUUUUUUUUCUUAGCUUCUUUUUAUAGAAAAUACACAUGAAUACCAAUGGCAUUUCCUGUGUAGUAAUUAAGGGAUUAUUUUAAAAUAAAGUCCAUCACAGCAAAGAUAUAAGAGGUUCUACCCCUCAAGGUGUCCAGCAGCUGUCAACCCACGAGUACAUGACAGUGUAUGAUGUCCAAGUGGUGUGCUAGAGCCCUCAACACAAGGUACCACAGGGCCUAGUUAGCAUGCAGUAGGGCCAAUCAGAGGGGUGCAACAGGGCCAAUCAGGUUUGUAAAAAAGCCUACCAGAUGGGCGUGGCAGGGCUCACUAGAAUGACCCGCAAGGGUCCAUUGUAUGUGAGAGAAGGCCCUCCACGUGUGAGAGAAUGUCCGCCUGAAAGGUGUGACGAGGUCCAUCACAGGGUGUGACAACAUCUGACACCAUAAGGAUGUGACAGACAUAUGCCAAAGACAAGCAUCUAGUCUUGAGUGCUCACUGUGUUUGUCUGUGAUCCAACAUGGCUACAGUGUCGUUAGCCUUGGGUCACAGAUUAUACUGUCUCACAAAUUUCAUGUUGUAUUACAGUUAUUUUGUCAAUUACAUAUACAGUGUAUAUGUUUACCAUUAUUAAUAUUAGAUCCAUAUUCCUACUAUAAUUUUAAUGUAAUUAAAAUUGCUAAUCCUCGAUAUAUAGCAAUAUUCGUUUUUUCAAUGUUAAGAAUUCGGUCCAGUCUUUCGGUGGUGCAUAUUUUUUUAAUUUCAAGAAUCGGGACUGGAUCAAGUGACGCCAUAUUGUAUUCUUUUUUGUAAGACCUUUUUCGUAUCGGCUGCAGGAGGUGCUCUGGCCUGCCACUUUAGGGACACACCUCUCACAAGCCCACACUGCAACGUGUCAACACAGUUCUCGCACUACCCUUAUUGAGGUCGUGAUAAAAUCCUGUUAGAAGAUGGGUUUUAGAGUGCCGUUCAUUUCACUUGAAUGUAGUGUUGCAGGGAAGAGCUUGUGAGGGGCGUGUAGCCGAGGUGAGAUGGAGGGCAGCAGCCUCCUCAGCCUCCCGUCUCUGCCAGGAGUCAGUCAGUUGUCUUGUGUCGUGUGCAUGAUUUAGUGAAUGGAUGCAAACUUACUUUUUUCACAUUUUAUUCCAUGCUGUCUUAUGUAUUUUUCAAUUAUAUGAAUGAUGGUGUACUUUUCAUGACUAAUAGAUUACUGCUGUAAAUAGUUUAUGUAGAUAAAGAGGCAAACAUAAAUUUACUCUUGAAUAGUUACGUAGUGUUUAUGAUGGAAUAUAAGUUAUCAGAAUGGA